UCUGUGACACACUAAUUCGCUCUUUUCGUUUUGCAUCAGCCAUCAGCUGCGACUAAAGUUGCUCCCUCAUUUCAUUGCCCUAACGUAAAAUGGCUGAUAAUAAAUUAUAUGAAAUAUUAGGUGUUUGGCCAAAUGCAAGUGAUGCCGAAAUCAAAAGGAGUUACCACAAGUUGGCUAAAGAAUUCCAUCCUGAUAAAAACCCAGCAGCUGGUGAUAGGUUUAAAGAAAUAAGCUAUGCAUACGAAGUCUUAUCGGAUCCAAAAAAACGACAAACCUACGAUAAGUUUGGACUGAAGGGGUUGCAAGAAGGCGGCCAAGGAGCAGGGUUUCCUAAUGAUGACCUUUUUAGACAAUUCUUUACUGACUCUUUUGGCAUGGGGUUUGGUGGUGGUGGCAGAGGAAGGGGACGUCCGUGCGGCGGGCAUUUGCUUCAUCCCAUGAAUGUGACUUUAGAAGAUAUGUAUGUCGGGAAAACUGCGAAGCUACAGUUAAGUAAAAAUGUGAUCUGUGGCCUGUGCAAAGGUGUUGGUGGAAAACCAGGUGCUUUUGUGACCUGCAGGGACUGUCAUGGUCAAGGUUUUAAAGUGUCAUUUGAGCCAAAGGGUGUCAACAGGACUCAACAAUUUCAGAUUAAGUCUGAUUGCUCUACUUGUCAAGAACAAGGUGGAUAUUUUAAUGAAAAAGAUAAAUGUCCUAAAUGCAAGGGGAAGAAAGUUAUAAAUGAAACAAAGAUAUUAGAGGUGCAUGUUGAAAAAGGUAUGCGUGAAAAUCAAAAAAUAUUCUUUGCAGGAGAGGGACACCAGCUGCCUGACACCGAUCCUGGUGAUGUAAUUAUAGUAUUACAACAAAAACCACAUGAAUUGUUCAAAAGGACUGGUGAUGACCUGUUGAUGGAACGAGAGAUUACCUUGACUGAGGCUCUGUGUGGCUUUGAGUUUGUUGUGAAACAUUUGGAUGGACGGGAUCUACUUAUCAGACAUUCUCCUGGAGAGGUGAUCAAACCAGGAGACCUUAAGGGCAUACAAGGCGAAGGCAUGCCUCAACAUAAGAAUCCUUUUGAAAAAGGAAAUCUCUACAUUAGAUUUGAAGUAACUUUCCCUGAAAACCACUUUGCAAAUGAAGAACAGUUAAAGAAUAUUGAAAGUAUAUUACCACCUAGACCAGUGUUUGUUAUGCCAAUUGGUGACGAUGUGGAAGAAGUCAACAUGAUGGAAUACACAGCCAGUGAGAGAGGCCGAGGUAGGGAAGAAGCAUACGCCAGUGAUGAUGAUGAGCAUAUGCAUGCAGGCCCAGGAGUACAAUGUGCUCACCAGUAGCCCAAUAAAUAUAUCAAAUCCUCAUUUUGGGAUUCAUACUCAGACCUCACAUUAUAUAAUUUUAUUAUGAGUUCUAGGUAGUUAAUAUUCACAAAAAUAUGACUCAAUUUUCAGAAUAGACUAGAAUUGUUUUAAAUCAAAUUAAUAUCUGGUAAGUAGCAACUCAAUAUGUCAAGAACAGAUAUAGUUUUAUGUAGUCACAUCACUACUACAAAUCGCGCCUUAUAUGUGAAAAUUUUAUAUUGAACAAUAUAUAUAUUUUUUUUAUGUAAUGUUGAGGAUUCAGUAAAAAUAUUAGUAAAGGUUUUUCAUUCAUGUAAUUCAUUCCACUACCACAGGUGCAUGUAACUGCAUUGGUUUAUGAUUAUAUUUAAAUUAAAAAUAAAUUUUGUUUUAUUUGCA